UCGCAACAAACAUUUCGACAACAACCGUGACACUUUUGCGAGAUUUCCAACUUCCACCAGUUAUUACUUGCCCAGUUAUAAUAAGAAAACGAUAAUCAUAAAACUAUGGUAUUUCAUAGACGUAGUUUGCUGGGCUGGCAACCGUACGACGAUCGUCCUGUCGGUCAUGUAGUCCCGCAGUCAGGGAUCCCCCCUUCUUUGAGCAGGGUGUUUUCCCACGACAAACAUUGUCACCUCAGCAGUUCGACAAGGAAGUCUUCCUCUUUCUUAAAGACUCCUGCAAUGUUACUCAUUCGUGACACAGUCUCGUUGAGAACUGUUAGUGUCAAUUGGAAGCUAUUUGUUGGGAAGAAGUGUACCUAAUAGCUUUCCGGACACAGGCAGGGCCAGUUCUGCAUAUGUACUGACAGGUGGAACAAAUGGCUCACCGCGGACGAGCUCAGAGGGUAGAUCGUCGCCCGCCUCCCGUACCGGCCGGGAGGAACAGGGUUGGGAUUGUUGGUGAUGGAAACGCCGUGAUGAACUUUGCGGGCGGACAGCCUUAUGUUAACGUAGGAGCUGCCCGGGAGGUUCUCGCACAAGAACCCAACGACAGAUGGUCUUAUCAGACCUUUAGUAACGAUGUCACCGGCUUUAUCAACGACCUGUCCUCAACAGCAGGGUCCCAUCGCUAUUCGGUUGAACACCGUGUACGAAAAGAAUAUUUGCCCAAAUUUCGCCCAGACCUGAAACGUGACCCUUUGAAGAAAUUUUCAGAAUGUAGGCGUGUACUGACAGAGGUUAGCAGCCAAGACAAAAUCCCGUCAAUCGCAAAAACUGGCCUGAAACUGCUCAAAGAACUUGUUUUGUCCGACCCUAUCAAGAUUGAAACCUCAGAGAAGCUCGUGACUCACGAGGAAAUAUUGCGCAAAAGUUUGGACGCUCAGGCGUUCAAUCAGCAGGAUCAGAUUGAGCAACAACUGCGAGUGGAGACAUACGCAUUCGUGUUGUCUUGUGUCAGUCUCCACUACUGCAAGGGGACUUUGAACCCCCCAAGUGGUGGAUUCUGGCAACCCCUGACGUGCGUGCGCGACUUCCUGAAAACCAUUCGAGGCGAAACGUGUGCUCUGAAAUCAGCUGUUUUCUUUGCUUUGGAAGCGAUUUCAAGGCUCAUAGAUUCUGAAGAAAAGAAGUCAAAGGCAUUGUUGACAAAACUUUCGAAAUUCUUAGCAUUUAUCGAAGUAGAGGCUAAAAAGCAGGACCCCUUAACAGACAAGUUGAUAAAGAAGGUGACAAAAUACGUCAACAGUGUCAGCAGCUACGACGAAGAUCUGGCCCUCAUCUAUCUGUCUGUGUUGGCACGGACAGCUCCGGGUGGUCUGGUGUGCCUCCAGCUCCUGGCGGAAUGCCGGGUACACCGCAUGGAGACCGAGAGGAAGAAGCUGAGGCUGAAGAAAACCACACAGCAAGAGCCCAGCUGGUCAGUCCUCCAUCGAGUCGCUUGGUACAUGAUUCGACUGGCAAAGGAUACGGGCACUCCAAAAGCAACCCGUAUUCAAGCCGUCCAAGCUGACGACACCAUGUGUCUGGGCUCCUUUUGGACCAACCCAGAUCUGAAGAAGAUCGGUGACUUCCAGACGGCACACAGCCUCAUCAUGGCGAUGUGUGAAGAUCUCAUCUACUCAGACAUCAGCGAGAUCGCCGAGGCAGUCACUCCGCCUCUCCUGGUCCGAAGAGGCACGAUUGACUGCAGCAAGCUCUUAGACCGAGUGCUUCCCAAACACCUUGCAUACCACCACCAUGAUGAAGAUCUCGAGGUGUUUCCAGAGCUUCUCCACCAAAGUAACAACAGUGUCAUCUACCAAGGUGUGAAGGGCGCCAGACAGAACCACGUCGCUGUUAAAGUCGCCAGUGUUCAAAACCUGGAGAGCUCCAAUCAUCGUCUGCACGAUACCAGCACGACGGCUUGCAAAAGGAUCCAAGAGGAAAUCAGAGUCCUCAAACGGCUAAAGCACCCGAACAUCAUCAACCUGUUGGACUCAAGUGUGAAAUCUCCUGUUCAUUACGUCAUGGAUCUGAUGACGCACGGCAAUCUGCUGGUCUACCUCCGGAAGCACAGGAGCCCGGUGCUGCCGCCUCAGCAGCUGUUUGACAUCGCCAUACAGGUUAUCCGAGCUCUGGUGUAUCUGCAAGGGGACAAAACUGUACACCGUAUGGUCAUGGCCAAGAAUGUCCUGGUGACUUUGGAGGACGGGGAACUGAAAUGCAGACUCAGUGGUUUCUGCAAGGCAAGGAAGGCAAAGGAAUCAAAACCGUACGCAGUCCAAGAUUGUCUGACGUACUUUAAAGGAUCUUGGAACGAACAGAUGCCUCUGAGGUUUCUUGCUCCGGAGUCUUUAGUCGCGCAGUGGUACUCCGCCAAGAGUGACAUGUGGUCAUUUGGAGUAUUUUUGUACGAAUUGUUCACUUGCGGGGCCGUGCCGUACCAGGAGUUCAACUGUAUGUCAACAGAUGACCUCCUGUUCAGGAUCACCCGACAAGGCCUGAGAAUGAAGCAGCCCCGUUGCGUGCCCACCAGCGUCUUCAAACUCAUGAAAGCCCUCCUGAGAGUGGAUGAGUUGGAGAGGCCGUCAGCAGACUUCAUGCUCGAUCAGGUCGAGCAGCUACAACCCAAGUACAGCGGUACAGACGACGACUGGAGACCAUUGCUGCCACCAAUCGAGGACGUUGUCGAUGCCUACGAUUGUCAGAAGAUUCCAGAGACACUGCUUAAACGGCUGAAGGACCCAGAUGCCAGCAGAAGUGACAGAACAAGUAUGGUGGACAAUGCUCUGCAGGAAUGCUACGACGACCUGAUGUAUGACUCUAUCGAUAGACCAAAGCAAACGGUCCACAAGGAGGAAACCAUGACGUUGGAAAAAGUGCCGAAGGCUCUGGCCUCUGUGGAGACGUACAGAGAGAUUCAGCCUGCCACCAAGGACUGCGAACAGCUGACGGCCAUCAGGCGUCUGAAGGAUCCUGCUCGGAGUGGAGAGGAGUUCGCCUGUCUGUACACAGCGAGGCCCUCGGCCGGCAACCUCCGUGACUACGUGGCCAGUAAGAGUUGCAGCAGCCCAUCCCAGCUGGAAGAUCUCUGUAAGGCAAUGACUCAGGCACUACAGUAUCUUCACGGGAAGGAUGUCGUCCACAGAGACCUGCGACUCGAACAUGUGUUCGUGGAGAAUGAUAAUGGCCAACUGAAGGUAAUGCUGGGCCGUUUUGGUCGGACCAAGAAGCUGCUCCAAGGCCCGUACGACCAGGACGUGUCGGAGAGCUACUUCGAGUACGGACGCCCUGGACCGGUGGAUGCCAGCAGAUGGUCCCCGCCUGAGGUCCUGCACUUCGGCCUGUACUCCUUCAAGAGUGACAUCUUCAGUUUGGGCACGGUGUUCCAAGAGUUAUGGCAGGCAUUCGACGCACCUAUUGGAGCCAAGGCUCACCUGACGGUGCCUUACCAGGGGAUGAAGGCUGCUGAGAUCAAGGACUUCCUGGAUAAGAACAUGCCGUUGGAGAAGACGCCCACUUGUCCGGACUGGAUGUUCCAGCUGAUUCAGAAGUGCCGGGCCUAUCAUAACGUGGACAGGCCGACGCUGGAGGACAUUCUGCAGGUUUUGGAGACUCACGAGGUUCCCGGAGAAUGGCAGGAAGACCCGUACAUGUUUGACUACUAUGCCCUGGUGAAAUUGUUCGAACGAGAAUCUUUCUCCGACGAUUCAGACCCUGAUGUGUACGAAGACGUCGUCCCCAACGAGGACCGUGCCGGUGGCGCUACGUGCUCCUCAUCGGAACCGACGUAUAUGAACCUGCCUUUGUCGGGACAUCAUGGGACGACAGACGACCUGGACGCUGACUCGGAUGAAGAGGAGGGUGCUGUGGGGGGUGAGGAGGGGGCACUGCAGGCAUCUGCCAUCUGGGCCGAACAACCUGUUCAGAUGAGGGGUGGGUCGAAAAAUACCAGGAGGAGGACCCGAUACAGCAUGUAUCAUUCUUAGUUAGCUAUCCCUAAUUGCUACUGACCGUUAAGGUAUUGAUCCCGUACUUUAUGUGGAGGAAAAGCUAUAACUUGUAAAUACUGUACGUUAGAUAUAGUAGAAGGCGAAAUACAUUUUAUCUCAAACUGCCCCUUCUAUAACCGAGAAAAGGCCGCCAAAUUCUAUCCUGAUAUCUCCACGUUUACGGACAAAAAGAAAACUACUCUCCUUUUAACGUCGCAAAACCCAAACAUUACAGAAAAAGUGUGAUCUUUCGUCUUCCACUGUCUCAGAAAAAGAAGUCAAACCUAAUAAGUUACAUCUUUAAUUAGUUUAAGUUAGAAUAGAGUAGUCGCUUACUAUACUGUUUACCAUUAUUUGUCUGUCAUUUUUGUCACUUGCAAUUAGCCCUCGGGCAAGAAUUUGCAAUAAACUUAUUAUAACUAUCAACCUACCUUAAACACCAGAGCUAUAGGUGUUUUCAGGUGUCUAUAGUUAGUUUCAUAUAGGUCAUGUUUGUAAUUGGAAAACUUCAGAACUCAGAAUGUUUUCUGGUUAUAAAAAUCUACUGUAGCUCAUGUUUUAUACAUAAUUUACAAUAUUGCAAUAAUGGAAUAUGGAAUCAAUUUGUUAUUUGUAUAUUUGGCUUAAUGAAGAUGCAUAUAAUGGAUAGUUCUAUAUGUGGACUACUACUACUAGCUUUUGACUUUGGACAUAAUUAGAUAGGUGAUAAAUAUAAUAUCAUUUCUUGUAAAUAGUAGUGCUUCUACAAUUUCAUAAUUCAAAUAAAAUUCAGCUCUUGGGGGCUGAGACCAACUUUUGCAACAUGAGGCCUCCAUGUGACAUGUCUAAGUAUAAACAUGUCUGUUAUUAUUGAGAUAUAUAUAUACGUUUGUGAAAUACUUUAGAUAGAAAUUUGGUAAUACGAUUAUGAAAUAUACUGAAGUAUAUUUUUUCAUAAUUUUUAUACCAAUUUUGACAAAAUAAAAUGCAUGAUUACAAACCAAUACACAUGAUAUAGCGUUAGAAAAAAUCUGGUUACUUUGGAAAAUUUUACUAUUAGAUCGUCUCUUUGGGUUCCUGACCUGUUAUAGAGGUAGCUGUACAAGUAACGUUUCGAUAUGUAAUAUUUACCUUUUGUUAUACUCACAAAUCGCUGCUGCCACUAUCAAUGCAUUCCAUAGCCAUACGUCCCAUAAUUUACAGGAACUUUUAAUUUUCUUGGGUAGACUGGGUAUACUUGUUCUAUUUUGUACCUUGGUUUUUAGAUGUUUUUGGAGGGGGCAUGAAUUAUGAUACACAAGGCAAUAAAUGAUAUUCCCGAAUCCAA